UGUGUGUAAACUGCAACAACUAACUUUGGCAUCAAUCGAGCACUUUAUGGGUUUCUCUUCAGAAGAAAACCUUUUAUCUUCUUCAGCCUGUAGCGUAGGCCUUUCCUGACUCAAGACAAAGUUCUGCAGGCAAUAAUUUCUCUGUGACAUCUACAAUAGGCGUUGAAAAGGAGGACAAGCAUGGCGAAAUCAAAUUGGGAUGAAGUUGCCAGACUUCAGGAGGAAUUGGCUCUGACCCAACAGGCAAGCACAUCGAAUCGCCUGUCUGAGCGAAUUACUGUUGAACUGGUUGCCCAACUUAUUGAGAAAGGCAACAUCGAGGUGAUUCAUACUUGCGAUGGGCGAGAAUAUGUCCAUCCGAAGUAUUUGGAGAAAGAAAUUCGCGAUGAGUUGAUUGUUCAAGGAGGACGUGUAAAUCUCGUGGACUUACAACAGGCUAUCAAUGUGGAUUUGACACACAUUGAGACCUAUGUGCACUCGAUUGUGAAGCAUGACGGUCGCCUUGUGCUGGUUCAGGGAGAGUUGCUGGAUCGUGACUACUUGGAUGGCGUUGCAGAGGAGAUCAACGAGAUUCUACAGACUGCUGGUCAUUUGUCGGUCAAUGAACUGGGAAAGUCCUUUGGCCUGCCAAAUGAUUUUUUGCUAUCUGUCAUUGAGCCUGCACUGGGCUCUACCAUCAAAGGUCAACUGGACCGGUUUGAUCGAGGAAGGCUGUUCACUGACUCGUACAUUGCACGGCAAAAGGCUGUGAUUCGCGGUGCAUUCAGUGCGGUCAUGAGACCAACUCCAGUCUCGGCUAUCGUGAAGCGAUUUGGCUUUGAUGAGAGUCAAGUCUAUUCCGUCCUUCAGGAGUUGACAGCUGAAGACAGGGUACUCGGACACAUUCAGGGUCGCCAGGACAGGGCAAUGUUCGUCCCCGAGAUCUUCACGCGUACCCAGCACAACACAGUGAUCUCCUCGUUCAGACAGAAUGGUUUUGUUGAGUUUGAGACGCUGACACGCAUGGAGAUUCCUGACGCAUCAAAGUUUCUGCAGCGCAAUCUCAGAUCAGGGACAGAAAAACCACUGAUGCUAUCAACUGUUGCUGUUGCCCCGUCAUUGGUCAAUCAAGUGGAUGCUGCAAUCGAGGAGGCCAUCAGCACUCACAGCUGGGUGGACGUUGCCAUGUUGCUACCUACACCGUUCACUUCGGCUGACUGCCAAGGAUUGCUGGAGCACUGCCUGCAGAAGAAGCGGCGCGACGUGGCGCACAUCUUCUGCGAGCAGUACCUGGCCAGCGACCAGUUUGUGCAGAACUGCGGGCAGCUGUUCAAGAGCGCCAUGCAGGUCAAGGCUGAGCAGUAUGCUGCUGCCAAGGUGACUUCGGACGCAGCAUCACGGAGCAUGGCGGCAUCUCUUGGCGAGGGCAGCACUCGCAUGGAUCGCAAAGAGGAGAGGAAGCGCAGGGCACAGACUGCGCCGAAAAGCGCCGCCGGUGGCUCUGGAGGUGCCAACAGCCGUGAAGUGAAGGGGCAAAAGUCCAAGGACAAGAAAGCUACUGGCAGUAAGAAACGAGCAGGCGGACGCGGUGGAGAUGCAGAAGCUGAAGAAGCAGGACCCUCUGGUGAAGUAGAGUUUAAGCAACUGGAAUUUCUUUCCGUUGAUAAGAUUGCUGCAACACUCGUGGAAAAGGUGGAAGGUGUGGACGAGAUGUUAGCGGAGGAGUUGGCGACACACCUGCAUCGACCCCUCACACGCUCGUAUCAAGACGUUGCUCGUUCCGUAUUCCUGACGUCGUCUUCAGCGGCCGGUGCAAGUCGUAGGCAGCACAACACCGACACGAUGAAUCGGUUGCAGAGCUUGUGGAUCAAUGUGACUCUUUUCGAGCGCGGCAUCCUUUGUGUUGAUGAGGACGAAGACUAUGCUGAUCUCUCUCGCAAGCUGUCUGCACACCUGCUGAAGACACUCUGUACUGAGCUGCUGAACAUCAUCUGCUCUCUGCUGGCCGAAGAGCAUUUGAUGCUGGUUGCUGAAGCUGAUGGAUUGAACGCGGAGAGCCGUGCAUCCAUUCUCAGCAAAUUGCCGAAUGCAGUGCGCACUCCAGUAAUGCAGCUUAGUAAAACACUCACCAUGAAGAGUAUGAGUCCGUUCAUGGAGGAACUUGACACUGUUUCUGAUCGCUUGAACCUUCAACUGAAGCGCGCGAACAAGAAGAAAGAGCUGCAGGUCAGUCGCCAGCACUGGGAGACACUCCAGCAGCAGCUGGCGGAGUGCGAUGACGAGGCGCUGGCGCUGCACCUGGCCGUCAUGAUCGUCUUCCAGAACAUCACGCACUGCCUGGUGCACGCGCCCGGCGGCUGUGUGCCCAUUCUCGUCUGCUACCUGCAGAAGCGCAUCCCGGCCGACGACCACUUCAAGCUGCUCACGCUGCAGCAGGUCGUCCAGCGCAAGCUCACCACCGCCGCUGCCGCCGCCUCCCAGACCAACGGUGGCGAUGGUGAUGAAAAGGAGACCGGCAAUGGCAGCGCAGCGGACGUCACACCUGCCGAAGGCGGCCAACUGCAGUGCUUAGCCGAUGUCAAGGCAAUGUCGGUGCUGAAUAAGUCCAGGAAGGCGCAGCUCUUGACCCUUCAGAACAUAUUUCCCAAAAAUGUGGAAGAGGAGCUCGAUGCAGAUGCCGCUGCUGCAUUAGAUGAGGAAGCGUGACAGCGCCGCCGCCCGUAAAGCUUCUCAGCUGCACAUAACUACUAGCCAUGGAGAACAACAUCAACUUGAGCUGGUUUCUUCUUUGGUGCACAAUGAGUGUAGUUGAGGAUGCGUGUAGUUGAUGUGUGGAAUAGUGCCGUUGAAUAUUGCUACCAGGCUAGACCGAUUCUCGCCACCCUGUUUUUUUUUAUUCUCAUUUUUGACAUUUCGUGUCAUGGUUUCAACUAACAAUCUUGCUGUGCAUGUGGCUCUACUAAGAGUGCUGCAUGUACUUCAUUAAGUAUAACACAGUAUUUGUAUACUAUUCCGCUGACCUAGGUAGCUACUGCCAAGAUAUUCCGCUACAUGUACAUGUAUUCGCUUACCGUGCUUCGGUACGGUUUCACUAUCUUCCUAUGCGAAAGCAUUUCACAAAAUUUUAAUUUCCCAUAAAAUAAGAUCUCGACCAUGGGAAUCAGGGAGUGAUAUAAUUAAUUGUAGUUUA